AACGAAGCCCAAACGCAGCGGUGAUUUGUUCGAAGUCUCACAUCUCUGCCCCUCGCACGUUUCUACUCAUACUCGGUACGCCCGCAACGCAGUUUCUCCUUCACUCUUUCUAACCUCCCAACUCUCGCCGCAGAACUCUCUGUGUAAGAAUGGCUCAGGUGGUGGCCACUAGAUCGAUCCACAACUCCUUCCCGAGCCCCAUUCGUGGAUCGCUGCGCGGAAGAGCAGAGAAGCUUAAGCUGGCUGGCUUACGCUCUACAUUUCUUGCGUGGAGUGAACGCAACGAACGUUCUAAAGCUGUACGGAAAAGUACACCGGUGGUUACUGCUAGUAAGUCUUCACGCUCCCAGCCCCAAAUCCUGCCGGUGUCUGCUGACGAUGUUUCCCAGGGUGAAGAACAAAUACAGUAUUUACAGGCAGUUCAGCAACUUGAUAACACCUCUGUAGGUACAGGGACUAAACCCAUAGUGAGACGUAAAACGAAGAUAGUUUGCACAAUUGGCCCUUCUACCAACACAAAAGAAAUGAUAUGGAAGCUGGCUGAAGCUGGAAUGAAUGUUGCACGUCUCAAUAUGUCUCAUGGAGAUCACACUUCUCAUCAGAAAGUGAUUGAUUUGGUUAAGGAAUAUAAUGCUCAAUCAAAAGAUAAUGUCAUUGCUAUCAUGCUUGACACCAAGGGUCCGGAGGUUAGGAGCGGUGACUUACCUCAACCUAUCAAUUUGAAAAGUGGACAGGAAUUCACCUUCACUAUUCGAAGGGGUGUUGGCACAGCUGAUUGUGUCAGUGUAAACUAUGAUGAUUUUGUUAAUGAUGUUGAAGUUGGGGACAUGCUUCUCGUUGAUGGUGGCAUGAUGUCUUUAAUGGUGAAAUCCAAGACGGAAGAUUCCGUUAAAUGUGAAGUUCUUGAUGGAGGAGAGCUUAAAUCUAGACGUCAUCUUAAUGUUCGUGGCAAAAGUGCCACCCUUCCGUCAAUUACUGAAAAGGACUGGGAUGACAUCAAAUUUGGUGUGGACAAUAAAGUUGACUUUUAUGCUGUUUCUUUUGUCAAAGAUGCUGCGGUGGUCCAUGAAUUGAAGAAUUAUUUGAGAAGCUGUGAUGCUGAUAUUCAUGUUAUUGUCAAAAUCGAAAGUGCAGAUUCCAUUCCAAAUUUGCAUUCAAUAAUAACUGCAUCUGAUGGGGCAAUGGUUGCUAGAGGUGACCUUGGUGCUGAGUUACCAAUUGAAGAGGUCCCAUUAUUGCAGGAAGAAAUAAUCAGGAUUUGCCGAAGUAUGGGAAAAGCUGUAAUUGUUGCUACAAAUAUGCUGGAAAGCAUGAUAGUCCAUCCAACCCCAACCCGAGCAGAGGUAUCGGAUAUUGCAAUUGCAGUGAGAGAGGGUGCCGAUGCUGUUAUGCUUUCUGGUGAAACAGCUCAUGGCAAAUUUCCCCUUAAAGCUGUUAAAGUUAUGCACACAGUCUCCCUGAGGACCGAAGCAACCAUUGUUGGUGGUGAAACGCCCCCAAACCUAGGCCAAGCCUUCAAGAACCAUAUGAGUGAAAUGUUUGCUUUUCAUGCGACCAUGAUGUCCAACACCCUGGGGACCUCUGUCAUUGUCUUCACAAGGACAGGCUUCAUGGCCAUUUUACUGAGCCACUAUCGGCCUUCAGGCACUAUAUUCGCCUUCACAAAUGAGGAAAGGAUACAACAGAGGUUGGCACUAUACCAAGGUGUAUGCCCUAUAUAUAUGAAGUUCUCUAGUGAUGCCGAGGAGACCUUCACAAAUGCAUUGUCAUUGCUGAAGAAGCAAGGGAUGGUGAAGGAGGGGGAGCAGGUAGCACUUGUUCAGAGUGGCAAGCAACCCAUCUGGCGACUUCAUUCGACUCACAACAUUCAAGUUAGGAAAGUUUAGCCCGAAGACAACUGUCUGUCCCUUCUUCAGAAUGGAGGACCCUUGUGUGUGCGUUUCGUUACUAGAUAGAUGCAUCAACUCUUUCUUUCUUUUUUUUUUCCUUUUCUUUGUGCGGCUUUAAUUUUCUCCCGUGUCAUAUUUUAUGUCAACUCUUAGUAUGCUGCUUUAUGAACAUUUGGUGCAUUUUUUUUAUUUAUCUAUUUUUUUGUAAUCAAGGUGAUAGUAAUAA